AUGCCGACGCCGUCUGAGGAAGCUGAUCCCAAGGCCCUGGACCACAGAACAGCAGACUCAAGUGCCACGAGCGGGAGUGGUGAUGGAGAUGGGCUCACAGGAGUUAUAAUCAGCAACUACCGACUGCACAAGUCACUCUUACAACCGCUUCUACGCCCAUGGAGUGUACCGCCUACCACAAUUCUCUGCGGGCGCUGGACAAGAACAGGAUGA